AUGGCGUGUCCACAUGGAAGGGAUUUGCGUCAACAGUUGACCCCUAUCUUUAGGGCCAUCGACACAGGAGAAAAGCACUUUUACUACUUUCGCCUCAAAUUUAGGAUCUGGGGCGCCUGCAAUGUGUGCAACACAGAUUUCCUGAUCGAGUUUCGUGAAAUCGACUCCAAAAAUGCUCUUUUCAUAACGAGAUGGGCCCUAGCCUUGACGAAAAAGACCCAUUAUGGACAGCUCACACCUACUCUCGCUAUACGCCCUGUGACAUAUGGCGGAUUUGAUCCAGAUUACUCCGUUGAGGCACAGAGUCCUAAGGCGCGCUUUGAGGAGACAGCGUCUCAGUCGUUGGAGGACCUACGCUCUCGCAAUCUUUCCUAUCUCCGAGACAGGCAGUACAGAAGAAUCAUGCGUUAUGCAAAUGAUUCGCGUGCCUGGCACAGUCCUUUCAGAAAACCCUCGACCAACAGAAUCGUUAAUUUUGGGCGGUGCUUACUAGGGCUUUUGGGAAUCUUUCCAGAUCCAACAUCAGCCUGA